AUGCCUAAAAAUAAGAGUUCACUUAAAAUGUCACCAAGACAAAGAGUUAUUUCGAAACCCCGUAACUAUGUAUUCUGUUAUUAUGUUUCUGGACAUGGUUUCGGACAUGCUACAAGAGUCGUUCAAGUGGCAUCUGAAAUUCUUUCUCUUUCUCGUAAGCAUACCUUGUACAUAAUUUCAAAUGCACCACGGUUUAUUUUUCAAGGGGCUAUAAAUCUCGGAGCAAAAUAUAGACACGCACUCAUAGACGCGGGGGUUCAACAACCUCGAGCGUACACAGUUGAUAGACAUAAAACUAUAGAUGAUUUAAAAACAUUUCUUGAGAAUAGACCAGAAAUGAUAGAUAGAGAGACAGCUUGGUUGAAAGAAGUAAAGGCUGAUAUUGUUUUAUCUGAUGCCCCAUUCUUGCCUUGUGCGGCGGCUUCCGUCACGGGAAUUCCAUCAGUUAUAGUUAGUAACUUUACAUUCGAUGCAGUAUAUAAUGGUUUGUGCGAAGGUGAUGAUUUAGAUAUAACAAUAAAUCGACUUGUCGAGCAAGUGGUAGAAGAUUAUAAGAAAUCCGAAUUAUUAAUUCGAUUACCAGGAUACAUUCCAAUGCCUUCGUAUAGCGGGACACAACUUUAUCCCGAUUUAAAUAUUUCGGUGAAAUUAUUAAAUAAUGGAUGUUCAAGUGUAAUUAAUCAUAAUAAUCGACGAAAUGUAGUUGAUGUACCUUUAGUUGUUCGAAAAUCAAUAAGACCAAGAGAUAAAGUUCUUUCCGAUCUUAAUAUUCCAAAAGAAGUAUAUGAUACGCAUAAAGUAUUGUUGGUCUCUUUUGGAGGACAAAAUUUAGUCGGUAUAGAGGAUUGGGGAAAUCCUUUACCUAAUGGAUGGAUAGCAAUAGUAUGUGGUGACCCUAAAAUAAAAUUACCCGAAAAGUUUUAUGUAUGUCCACGAGAUGCUUAUAUUCCAGAUUUGACUAAUGCAGCUGACGCUGUGAUGGAAUGUAUCGGACAUAAAAAACCCUUCAUUUAUGUUCCGCGACCACAAUUUAUUGAGGAACUUGGAUUAAAACGUCUCAUGGAGAUUCAAGGUUCAAGUGUUGAAAUGCCAAAAGAACAUUUUGAAACAGGAAAAUGGAAAGAUUAUAUAUUAAAAGCAUUUGGUAUGCCUGGUGUUUGUGAAGAUAUUAAUAAACGAUUAACACAUGACGGUGGUAAGAUAUCGGCUAAAUUAUUGGAGAAUUUUUUAGAUAAUCGUGCCGUAACUCAAAGAAAAUCAAAAAAUACUAAUGGAUUUCCUUUAAGUAAAGGUGCUGUUGCACAAUUAUCAUAA